CAUGACUAGCCGUAUUGGGUCAUCUCGUCUGUUGCUCAGUGAUUCUGCUGUUUUGAUUUUGUUAACUGCUUGACGUUGCAUUUUGUAUAGCUGUGAGCUUCAAAAAACUUUGAGUGAAGAUGAUCAGUUACGAGUGUCCCAUGGACGAUGGGUUCCAGCAAGAAGAAGUGAGCACUGGGACAUCCAUCAUGGCGGUAGAGUUUGAUGGGGGUGUUGUUAUCGGAGCAGAUUCAAGAACAACAUCUGGAGCAUACAUUGCGAAUCGUGUGACAGACAAACUUACGCCGAUACAUGAAAGAAUAUUCUGCUGCAGAUCAGGUUCUGCUGCUGAUACACAAGCAAUUGCGGAUAUAGUUGCAGCUCAUGUUGAAUUAAACGGGAUUGAAAUGGACAGUUUACCUCGAGUUAGAACAGCAGCACAAGUUUUUCAUCGAAUGUGUUACACCAAUCGUGAUAGCCUAUUAGCUGGUAUUAUUGUUGCUGGUUGGGAUCCGAAGGAAGGAGGCCAGGUGUACACAGUCCCACUCGGAGGUAUGCUUGUAAGACAACCAUUUUCUAUCGGAGGUUCAGGUAGCACAUAUAUUUAUGGACAUGUUGAUUCAACAUUUAAAGAAAAUAUGACCAAGGAGCAAUGCCUUAAGUUUACUGCAAAUGCUUUGGCAUUGGCAAUGAACAGAGAUGGAUCAAGUGGAGGUGUAAUAAGACUUGCUGCUAUUGAUAAGAAUGGUGUUGACCGAAAAGUAAUUCUAGGAAGCGAGAUACCUAGAUUUUUUGAGGGUUGAAAUAUGUCAUAGAUCUGUAAAAGGACAAAAACUUGAACUCAGUGAAGAAAGCGUCGCCCAAAUCUUUUUGCAUGAUGAGCACACAUCACUUUAGUGUGUAAACAAUAUUGAAACAGCUGCUUCAGAUUAGAUGGAUGUACAAAUACCCUGUUUGGAAUUUGUGUACCUGUUUUAUAUAAUAGGUUAAUUCUAAUAAAUUGUCUGGUUUAUUCUGCA